AUGCUUUGUGACUCCCAGAAUACUCUUCAACCGGAGGAGCCCCAAGGGAACAAUGAUGACGAGCUUGAUCGCUAUCUUGCUAAAGGACUGAUAUCUCAAUAUCCUCGUAUGUUCUGGAAGGAGCACCAACAAGAGUUUCCAAGUCUUGCAGCCCUUGCACGGGACAUCUUGUUUAUUCCUGCUAGUGGUGCCGGUGUGGAGCGUCUGUUUAAUUGCGCGCGUGAUAUCUGUCAUUAUUGA